UGCGUGUGCCUGGACGAAGGGCUGCGCCUGGCUCAGUCACUAGCGGUGUCUGCCUCGGUCCGCAGAUCCGGGGGGUGCUUCUCGCCUGGCCCUGCCUCCACGGAAGAAGCGCACAGGGGUCCUAGGAGAGCGGAGCGCCGACACCAGCGCCGACACCAGCGCCGACACCGCGGGCCAUGAGUCCUCCGGGGUUGCGAGCGUCGCUCUCGCUGCUCCUGCUGCUGCUGCUGUUGGCCGGCUGCCUCCUCGUGGCCGCCCGCAGGGACAAGGGGGCGGCGGGCGGCCCGGCGCUGGGCUCCUCGGGUCGCUUCGUCAGCCCCGAGCAGCACGCGUGCAGCUGGCAGCUCCAGCAGCCGGCCUCGGGGGCCGCGGCGGGCAGCGAGCUGGCGCUGCGCUGCCGGAGCCCGGACGGGGCGGUCCAGCAGUGCGCCUACCGCGGCGAGCCAGAGCGCUGCGCUGCCUACGCCGCCCGCCGCGCGCACUACUGGAAGCAGGUGCUGGGCGCGCUGCGCAAGAAGCCGCGGCCCUGCCGGGACGCCGCGCCGCUGCGCGCCCGCCUGUGCGCCGGCAAAAAGGGCCACGGCGCCGAGCUGCGCCUGGUAGCCGGCGCGUCUCCGCCCGCCGGCCCCACUGUCGCGGGCAGCGCUGGGGAGCCCAGACCGCGGGCCAGGAGCCGGGGGCGGCCCCGGGAUCCAGCGCGCGGCCCGGCCGCGGGGGUCCCACCUUCCCCGAGCGCGCCCUCCAAAGAAAAGCCCCCCGAGAGGAAGAGCAAAGCGGGCAAGAAGAAGGUGGUCUCGGGUCCCCGUGACGAGCGCCCCACGGGGACCGGCCCCGACCCCGACGGGCUGAGCGAGAACGCGGAGCUCACGGAGACCUACUGCGCGGAGAAGUGGCACUCGCUCUGCAACUUCUUUGUCAAUUUCUGGAACGGCUGA